UCCUUCUGGAUUGUGUAAAGUCAUCUGCCCAGUAGGUGUGUUCAGGACCCUGCAAAGUCAUACCCACUUGCAGGAGUUAACUGGAGGACUGAUAUGGGCAAUGCACCCCUCUGCCAGGCUUGUCACACGGACAAGGGUGUAAGACUGCAAGGGAAUAUACAAGAUGUGGAUAAAUUCAUGGACUACUAUGGCUGCAACAGUGAAGAUAGUAAUGAUCCUGAGGCAGUGUCUGACAGCAAUGCAAGCUUCCUCAGAGCUGCCCGAGCUGGCAAUCUGGACAAAGUGGUGGAAUACCUAAAGGGAGGAAUAGACAUCAAUACAUGUAAUCAGAAUGGACUCAAUGCUCUACACCUGGCUGCCAAAGAAGGCCAUGUGGGCUUGGUUCAGGAAUUGCUGGAAAGAGGCUCUGCAGUGGACUCUGCUACAAAGAAAGGCAAUACUGCACUACACAUUGCAUCCUUGGCUGGACAGUCUGAAGUUGUCAAAGUUCUGGUUAAGGAAAAAGCCAAUAUUAAUGCACAGUCUCAGAAUGGCUUCACUCCUUUAUACAUGGCAGCUCAAGAAAACCACAUUGAAGUGGUGAAAUAUCUUCUGGAAAAUGGAGCCAACCAGAGCACUGCUACUGAGGAUGGCUUCACUCCCCUAGCAGUUGCGCUGCAGCAAGGGCACAAUCAGGCAGUGGCUAUCCUCCUGGAGAAUGAUACCAAGGGUAAAGUACGGUUGCCUGCAUUGCACAUUGCUGCCAGGAAAGAUGACACCAAAUCAGCCGCGCUUCUGCUCCAGAAUGAUCACAAUGCUGAUGUUCAGUCCAAGAGUGGCUUCACACCUUUGCACAUAGCAGCACACUACGGAAAUGUUAAUGUGGCAACGCUUCUACUCAACCGAGGAGCUGUUGUGGAUUUCACAGCAAGGAAUGGAAUCACUCCACUGCAUGUGGCUUCCAAAAGGGGCAACACAAACAUGGUGAAGCUCUUGUUGGAUCGUGGAGGGCAGAUCGAUGCCAAAACCAGGGAUGGUCUGACUCCGCUGCAUUGUGCUGCACGAAGUGGACAUGAUCAGGUUGUAGAGCUCCUCCUGGAACGAGGCGCCCCACUGCUUGCACGGACAAAGAAUGGACUCUCUCCUCUUCACAUGGCUGCCCAAGGUGACCAUGUGGAGUGUGUCAAACAUCUGCUCCAGCACAAAGCUCCUGUUGAUGAUGUCACAUUAGAUUACCUGACUGCCCUCCAUGUUGCUGCACACUGUGGCCACUAUCGUGUCACCAAACUCCUCCUGGACAAGAGAGCAAAUCCAAAUGCUCGUGCUCUGAAUGGUUUUACUCCACUGCACAUUGCUUGCAAGAAAAAUCGCAUUAAAGUCAUGGAACUGCUGGUGAAAUACGGGGCUUCAAUCCAAGCUAUAACAGAGUCGGGCCUCACACCAAUACACGUGGCUGCAUUUAUGGGCCAUUUGAACAUAGUUCUCCUUCUGCUGCAGAAUGGAGCCUCUCCAGAUGUCACUAACAUUCGAGGGGAGACUGCAUUGCACAUGGCGGCUCGAGCAGGACAAGUGGAAGUGGUCCGCUGCCUCCUAAGAAAUGGUGCUUUGGUUGAUGCCCGAGCAAGGGAGGAACAGACUCCACUGCAUAUUGCCUCCCGCCUUGGUAAAACAGAAAUUGUACAGCUAUUGCUGCAACAUAUGGCCCACCCAGAUGCUGCCACUACUAAUGGAUAUACAGCGCUGCACAUCUCUGCCCGAGAAGGUCAAGUGGAUGUAGCAUCUGUUCUCUUAGAGGCGGGAGCUGCACACUCUUUGGCUACCAAGAAGGGAUUCACACCACUGCAUGUAGCAGCUAAAUAUGGAAGCCUAGAUGUAGCAAAACUCCUGUUGCAGCGCCGUGCAUCUCCUGAUUCAGCUGGAAAGAAUGGAUAUACUCCUCUCCACAUUGCUGCUAAGAAGAAUCAGAUGCAGAUAGCCACAACCCUGCUAGAUUACAGAGCGGAGACCAAUAUUUUGACCAAACAAGGAGUGACUCCACUUCAUCUGGCCUCUCAGGAAGGUCAUGCAGACAUGGUGAACUUGCUUCUGGAAAAAGGAGCCAACAUUCAUGUGGCCACAAAGAGCGGACUUACAUCUUUACACUUAGCAGCUCAAGAAGAUAAAGUGAAUGUAGCAGAUUUGCUGAUCAAGAAUGGAGCAAACAAAGAUGCUCAGACUAAGCUAGGUUACAGUCCACUGAUAGUAGCUUGUCAUUAUGGGAACAUCAAGAUGGUGAACUUUCUCCUAAAGCAGGGAGCUAAUGUCAAUGCUAAGACAAAGAAUGGGUACACUCCUCUGCACCAAGCUGCUCAACAAGGUCAUACUCACAUCAUCAAUGUUCUUCUCCAACACGGGGCCAAACCAAAUGCCAUCACCGCUAAUGGCAACACUGCCUUAGCAAUUGCUAGGCGUCUGGGAUACAUCUCAGUGGUCGAUACGCUGAAGGUUGUAACUGAGGAAGUCAUUACCACCACAACGAAAAAUCUCAAUGCAUUCCAAGACAGAUUGCAUGAAAGCAAUUUUGUUUUCACAUCCAACGAUGACAGUGACACGGAAAAGACUUUCAGAGAGCUACAAAAACGUGUAGGGCACUUAUGCAGAUUCUCAGCUUUCAUGUAUCUGUUUGGCUCUGAUCAAACACAGUAUAUGGGAACUUUUAAACAUUCUGACUAUGACCAUUUCACUGAUGAGGAGGCCUUUAGUGAUGAAGGUGAUGACACUAUGACAGGAGAUGGGGGAGAAUACCUUAGGCCAGAAGACCUGAAAGAACUAGGUGAUGACUCUUUGCCCAGCAGCCAAUUCUUAGAUGGUAUGAACUAUCUGAGGUACAGCCUGGAAGGAGGUCGAUCUGACAGCCUGCGAUCCUUCAGUUCAGACAGGUCCCAUACGCUGAGCCACACCUCCUACAUGAGGGAUAGUACCAUGAUUGAUGACACAGUCGUCAUCCCCAGCCACCAGGUGUCCACAUUGGCUAAAGAAGGUGAGAGAACUUCAUAUCGCUUAAGCUGGAGUCCUGACAAUCUGGACAAUGUUACUAUUUCUGCUAGUCCUAUUCAUUCUGGCCGUUCCUCUCCAUGUUUUGACCAUGACAACAGCAGUUUCCUGGUCAGUUUCAUGGUGGAUGCUCGAGGUGGAGCUAUGCGGGGUUGCAGGCACAAUGGGCUUCGAAUCAUUAUUCCACCUCGGAAAUGCACCGCUCCAACACGAGUCACCUGCAGGCUGGUCAAGCGCCACAGACUGGCCACAAUGCCCCCCAUGGUGGAAGGAGAAGGUCUGGCUAGCCGUCUGAUUGAAGUUGGACCCUCUGGUGCUCAGUUCCUUGGGCCUGUGAUUGUCGAGAUCCCUCACUUUGCGGCUCUGCGUGGGAAAGAAAGGGAACUGGUGAUCCUGCGCAGUGAGAAUGGAGACAACUGGAAGGAACAUUUCUGUGAAUAUACAGAAGAUGAACUGAAUGAAAUCCUGAAUGGGAUGGAUGAAGUCCUUGACACUCCUGAAGAGUUGGAGAAGAAACGCAUUUGCCGUAUCAUCACUCGGGACUUCCCACAAUACUUUGCCGUAGUAUCCCGUAUCAAACAAGACAGUAACCUGAUUGGACCUGAGGGUGGAAUACUGAGCAGUACAGUAGUACCUCAAGUUCAGGCUGUCUUUCCAGAAGGAGCACUAACAAAGCGUAUUCGUGUUGGUCUGCAGGCCCAACCUAUGCACAAUGAACUUAUAAGGAAGAUUUUAGGCAACAAAGCUACAUUCAGCCCUAUAGUUACAUUGGAACCCAGGAGAAGAAAAUUCCAUAAGCCAAUAACGAUGACUAUUCCUGUCCCCAAAGCUUCCAGUGAUGUCAUGAUUAAUGGAUAUGGGGGUGAAACACCCACACUAAGACUGCUGUGCAGUAUAACAGGUGGAACAACACCUGCUCAGUGGGAAGACAUUACAGGAACAACGCCAUUAACAUUUGUCAAUGAAUGUGUUUCCUUCACCACAAAUGUAUCUGCCAGGUUUUGGUUGAUAGAUUGUAGACAGAUACAAGAAUCCGUUACAUUUGCUUCCCAAGUGUACAGAGAAAUUAUUUGCGUACCCUACAUGGCCAAAUUUGUAGUGUUUGCCAAAUCACAUGAUCCCAUAGAAGCACGAUUGAGAUGUUUCUGCAUGACAGAUGAUAAGGUGGAUAAAACGCUAGAACAACAAGAAAACUUUGCUGAAGUUGCUCGAAGCAGAGAUGUAGAGGUGCUAGAAGGAAAGCCCAUCUACGUGGACUGCUUUGGAAAUCUAGUACCACUAACAAAGAGUGGCCAGCAUCACAUAUUCAGUUUUUAUGCCUUCAAAGAAAAUAGACUUCCAUUGUUUGUAAAGGUUCGGGACACAACUCAAGAAUCCUGUGGACGCCUGUCAUUUAUGAAAGAACCUAAAUCUUCAAGAGGCCUAGUGCAUCAAGCCAUCUGCAAUCUGAAUAUCACGUUACCAGUUUACACAAAGGAAUCAGAAUCAGAUCAAGAACAGGAAGAAGAGAUUGAUACAACUUCAGAAAAACAUCAACAAGAUGAUCAAGAAAGAACAGAAGAAAGACUAGCGCAUAUUGCUGAUCAUCUUGGAUUCAGCUGGACAGAGUUAGCAAGAGAACUGGAUUUCACAGAAGAACAAAUUCAUCAGAUCCGAAUUGAGAAUCCUAAUUCACUGCAGGACCAGAGUCAUGCACUAUUGAAAUAUUGGUUGGAAAGGGAUGGGAAACAUGCUACUGAUUCAAGUCUUACAGAGUGUCUUACAAAAAUUAACCGUAUGGAUAUUGUUCAUCUAAUGGAGAGCAAUGUGGAAACUUCCCGAGAACAUGGUCGCACCUAUGCAGAAAUUGAACAGACCAUAGGACUGGAUCACAGUGAAGGAUUUUCUGCACUCCAUGAAGAUCUACAUAGCACAAAAGAUCAAAAAGAAGAGGAACAUUCUCUUUCUAAAGAUAGUGAACAGUCUGAUCAGCCUCCUCUUGUGUCUGAAGAAGACAUUUCUGUCAGCUAUUCAUCCUUUCAUGAAGGCACAUCCAGGGCUGAGGCAGAAAUACCUGUUGCAGAACUCCUACGACAAGCACACAGAGAUCGGGUAGAAGCUGAAUUAUCAGGGAAACCUCAUGAGCUGCCAGAAGAUUCAUCCGCUACACAAGAAUACUUUGUUACAACAUCAGGCCAGGAUCAUACACAAGCACCAAAGGAUGGAAGAGCACUAAGCGUUGCUAGUGAAAAGUCUGAAUGUUCUACUGCAGGGUCUGAGGAUCAUGAAAGGCCAUACCUUCAUACCCCAACAUCUAGUGAGAGGACUGAUUCGCCCAUUGUGCAGGAACCAGAGGACCAUCACUUCCAUCAAGAAGAUCCAUAUCCUAGAAAAACUAGCCUAGUGAUUGUGGAAUCAACUGAUGAACACUCAGAAAGAUAUGAGGAAGAGUUAUUGGAAAAGGCUGAUGAUAUGCCUGAAAUGCCACCAGAAGCUGUAACAGAGGAGCAGUAUACAGAUGAACAUGGUCAUAUUGUAGUGAAAAAGGUCACUAGGAAAAUCAUAAGGCGAUUCGUUUUACCAGAUGGCACAGAAAAGGAAGAAGUUGUCAUGCAAGGAGCACCCCAGGAGCCCGUGACAGUGGAAGAGGGAGAUGAGUACUCCAGAGUCAUAAAACGGGUUGUGCUGAAGACUGACAGUGAGCAAUCUGAGGUGACUUUUUCUGAGCCAAGUAUUCUGUCUAGCACCUCAGAAUUUCAGUCUGAGCCAGUGGAAGACCGGAAAGUCAGCAAAGUUGUGAAGACCACAUUAGUGCACGGAGAAAGACUGGAGAAGCAUCAUGGAGACUCUAGUUUAGCUGCUGAUCUGCCCACAGCCAAAGAUGACUUUGAAGCGGCCCUGAUUUAUACAGGUAACAAAAUGAAAAUUGAAGUUCCCCCAUUAGUAGAGAAUGAGGUCACAAAAGAGGAUGGCUCAGUUAUUAAAAGGACAACAAUGAGUAAAGCCAGUACACAGAAGAGGACUGUGGUUAAGGACCAGUUUGGUAAACGUGUUCACGUGGAAGUGCUGGAGGAUGUACCAGAAGCACUACCCCGGGAUGACCUUCAGCAUGACCUUCAGCAACUGCUAAGACGUUUCUGCAAAGAUGAGUGGAAGCAAGAGGCCAAAUGAGAUGCUGCUAAGUCUCACCUGCAGACCAACACACAUAUCCAUUCGAUAUCCACCAUCCACUUCCUUCUUCCACCAUAGCUGUCAUAAAAAUGUAAUCACCAGGAAACACUGGCAUUUCUACUUAGGGCAUAUAUAGUUGAAUAGAUUUUUCCCCCUUUUUUUUCCUUUUCCUUUUUUAAAAAAUAUCUGUAAGCUAAUUUGUGACCAAAGAUAGCAUCCUUUGUUAGGGAUGGUUUGUCUACUAAAAGUCGUCGACUUUGUGCUGUACUGGAAACUUGUCAUCCUGCCAUCUUUGCUGUUCCUUUGCUUCUGCACCAGAUUCAUAAAAGCUUCUUCCACAGGCCUCUUCAACUGACAAUGUACAUGAUUUUUUAAAGGGAUGGUAACAUUACCCUGUAAAUAGCUAAAGUGCUUGAACUGGUGAGACUGAAAGAAAACACUGCCUAUCAUGACUACUUUUAGCAGCAUGGACUGCAAGGUCUGUUGAGACUGCUGAAGAGAAAUUGAUGUAUUAUUGCUAACACAAUCCACUGAGUAUAGGACAUGGACCUACCAAGAAGGAAGCAUGUCAGGCCUCCUGUGUCCCUAGGACUUCCAACAACGAUCUACCAUGGUUAAAAAGUUUCUAAGAGUCAGGCUGAAACCUCAGACUCUAGCUGUUUCCAUUAAAGAUGGCUGGACUGUGGCCAUCACCCCCUUUCUGAUUCCUGGAAAACCACCUAAAGAUUUCCUGAAGGAAAAUAAAUACCCAGUUAGAUAUAACUUGCUAGCAGCUAUAUCUGUGGCACAUUUUGCAUACUGUAUUCAAAUAUUUUAGAAUGGGAUUAUGAGGCAGGGUGUAUUAAACAGUUCUAACUACUGUAGUUUCCUUUCUUCAUCACUGCUUUAGCAAACCACACUUACUGUGGUACUUUCUGCUGGCCACUGCACUGUAGAUAACUUAAGAAGGGGAACAAAACCCUCACCCACUCGUUGAGAAAUGUUACUCUAAAUUUACCACAUUCUAUCAAGAUUGCCUCUUACCUGGUACAUGCAUGUGGCAUUGAAAAAUAGAAACACAUCCCUCUUGUAAUCAUGUCCACAGCUUCUCAUCCCUCUUAGCACUGAGCAAUCAGAUUUUAUCCUUCCAUUUGAGAGGUUUGAGGUGUGGGGUUUUUUUUCUUUCUUUCCAUUAAAGGAUAUGAAUCCAUUGGGCAUUUGACAGUUGUUGCUCUUUUUAUUUAUGUCUCUGAACUAACUUUUGAGAA